GGCCCGGUGAAAGCAUAAUGGCCCGGCCCGGUCUCGGCUCUUCCCGGUCCCUUUUUCUUUGUUCUCUCCUCGCUUCAGGCUCUCCGAUCUGAGCUCCAACUGUCAAGGAAACAUAUGGAACCGAGCACUACUCCGUUUAAGAUCAUUUUGGGAUCGUCUUCGGUAGCUCGCCGUAAAAUACUCGCUGAAAUGGGAUAUGAAUUCACGGUUUUGACUGCAGAUAUCGAUGAAAAGGGCAUUCGCAAGGAGAAGCCAGAAGAGUUGGUCGUGGCUCUUGCGGAGGCGAAGGCUGAUGCUAUUGUGUCAAAACUACUAACUGCCAAUAAUCAAGAGAAGGGUGCUGAACCAACAAUUCUGUUAGCAGCUGACACAGCAGAAGCCAUCUUACAGAAGCUCCCUAUUGGUGACCACAAUAUGGAAGCUGAUCCUACUUUAUUAUUUACUGCUGACCAAGUUGUGGUAUAUGAAGGUGUGAUUAGGGAAAAGCCUUCCAGCAAGGAAGAGGCAUGGGAAUUUAUAAAAGGUUAUUCUGGAGGGCAGGCUGCAACAGUGAGUUCUGUUUUUGUUACAAACCUCAAGACAGGAUUCAGAAAAGGAGAAUGGGACAGAGUGGAGAUAUAUUUCCAUGAAAUACCAGACGAAGUCAUUGAGAAGCUAAUUGAGGAGGGAACUGUGCUCUAUGUUGCUGGAGGGCUGAUAAUAGAACAUCCUCUGAUAGUGCCAUACGUUAAGCAAGUGGUUGGGACAACUGAUAGUGUGAUGGGGCUCCCCAAAUCUGUCACUGAAAAACUCUUAAAGGAGGCCCUCCAGCAGUAGAAUAACAUAUUUUGCUGCCGCAUUGCCCAAUUGGAAACCCUUUAUCUUACCACUUAAUUGGAUUUCCUGGUCUUUCCAUCUUUUGCUAGGUAAACCAUUAACUUCGUUGUAAUUGCAUCUAUUAUUCUCUACAAUUUGUUGGGCACAAUUAGUUAUUUGAAUGUUGUGGAAGAAGAAUCAUAUUAAUUAUUAUCAUUGUGCUCCAGUGCUGGAUUGGUCAUGUGGGGGAAUACUGAUUUGCGGUCGUUAAGCUGUCUCUGUAUACUAGUUUUAUCUAUUGUUUGUCGAUCAUAUUCUACGAACUGUCUAUCCCCACACAUGGUGACAGAAGCAACAGUAACGAAAAAGUUUGCUAUUGA